AUGGAGCGACCCGGGGCUCUCGAUCUCCGCACCGCUUUCCAGGGCGGGAAGUCCAACUCAGGUCCUGUCGUAAAGAGGCCUCGAUAUACGAAGAAAAUGCCUCCUGUGGCAGGAACCACAUCCAAGUCCCCUGCUAAGGGGAAAGGUACGAGCUCAGCAGCUCCGGCCUCCACCGUGACAGAGAAAAGGAUUCCCCCUCCUCCUCUUCCUCCUCCUCCUCCUCCUCCUCGGUUUGCACCUGCUCAGGAUCAAGUCAUACAAGCUGAUCCCUCAGCUCCUGCUGCCCCUGCUGCCACCGUUCGUAUUCCUGUGGAUCCCCACGACCUGGAGAAAAUCCCGGAACCUUCAGGGGGACCCUUUAUGAGACUAUGA